AUGAGUACAGCCGAACCGAGCACACAGCAAAACGCUUCAAACCAGGCGCUCCAGGCAGCAUUACAAACCCUCAAGGAACGCUGCCAAACGUUCCAGCGUCGCAUCACGAUACUGGAAGAGGAAAAUGGUACACUACGGACACUGCAGGCCAAAUCUGCCAAUCAGCCCGAACACACACACGACAACCGGGCAGCAAAUCAAACAGAGCUGCGACAACUGCGCGAAACCGUAGCCGAACUGACCCACCAAAAGAUGCAGAUGACGGAACAAAUUUCGAUGGUGGGCACAGAAAACAGACAGCUAUGGCGACGACUCUCCCUUAUCGUGAAGGAGCUCGGCGAGGUCGAGGAGUCGAUGCACGUUGGCCCAUCAACCACACCGUCAACCAUCGUCAAUCAGCAGCAAAGAACACCAUCCAGCACCAAUCAGCCGGGCCAAAAUCUAAUACGAUCACGCACCUUUACCAAGCAUGCACCGAAUCCGAAGCUGCGCGAACGUUUGCACCGCGAAAGCUCCGCGGAUGACGAGGAGGCGUUGAAUUUGGAGGAUGUUUCGCUGCUCAAUACGUGCGGCUUUCUCGACUCGUCCAGCGUAGAUGUGGGCCAGCACGAGGAAUUGCUGCGGGCGGCACUCGAAGCAAACCCGGACAUAGGCCGAUGUACGGAAGGAUUGCUCGAUAUAAAGGAGGAGCUCGCGCGCCAACAACGGUUGAUGUGGGAGGUUUACCAUAAGUUUAAAUCAGAACUGUGCAAUCGGUGCAGCACGAAAUCGCCUGAAACCGGGCGGGAAAAGCUCAUGAAGGACGUUAUGGUGGAGGUGGCAGAAAGUGAGCUGGCACCACGGAAACCGGCCACAUUUUAUCCACCACCCGUAACGACAGCACCGAAACAGGGUGGACAAACGCGGCGAGAAGAAGCCGACGAUGCGAUGUUUGUGUUCGAUAAGGUCAGCAUGAACUUGCUGCAGGAAAAGCUUCGCGCCAAUGGAAUGAAAAAGAUUUGUCCGAUGUGUGGGCUGCUGUACGGGGAGGACACCGUGUUUGACGAGUUUCAGCACCACGUCGAGUCACACUUUCUUCAGGACGGUGAGAUGGAGGAGCUGAGCCUGGACCGUGCGUACGAAUACACGUCGCAGGCGGUAGGUGAUUUUUGACCGUUACCACCCGGUUCGGCGCGAAGCCGAAUAUUUUUCUCUAGCGAACUG